UUCCGCUGAGUUCCGGUAAACAUCUCCGUGCUACGAGUGUGUCGGUGGAGACACAACACAGUUUGCCGCUGGUGCACCAUCAAUUCUCUUUAACUGACACCUGAAUAUUUCUACAUCCGCCGGACAGACGCACCACAGCUCAGCCAUGUCUCUCUAUGACGACCUGGGGGUGGCGGCCAACGAUACCAAGACGGAAGGCUGGUCCAAGAACUUCAAGCUCCUUCAGUCCCAGCUGAAGGUGAAGAAAGCGGCGCUGACCCAAGCAAAGACCCAGCGCAUGAAGCAGACCACGGUUCUGGCGCCCGUCAUUGACCUGAAAAGAGGCGGCCCCGUGGACGACCGGCAGAUCGCCGACACACCGCCGCACAUCGGCGCCAGCCUCAAGGACACAGUGCCGGCGGGCUUCUCCCCCGGCGACGCCCUUGUGCCCCUCGCCGACGAGUAUGACCCCAUGUUUCCCAACGACUACGAGAAGGUCAUCAAGAGGCACCGCGAGGAACGGCAGCGCCAGCGGGAGCUGGAGAGACUGAAGGAGAUCGACGAGAGGGACAAGAAGAGGAAGGACCCACGCCAAGAGGGCGUGGCCCCCAGUGGGUUUUCCCGCUUCCCGGCGGCGGAGGGGGACUCCGACGAUGAGGACGACUACGAGAAGGAGAGGAGGAAGAGAGCAAUGGGCGGGGCCGCCAUCGCACCUCCUUCUUCGUUGGUGGAUAGAGACGGCUCCGCCCCCUCAGCCUCGUUCUCCUAUGAGGAUGAGGCCCGCCCCCCCAGGGGGAAGGCUGCCAUCCCCCCUCCCAUGUACGAGGACUCUGAUAGGCCGCGGUCCCCGCCCGGUCCCACCAACUCCUUCCUCGCCAACAUGGGGGGUACGGUGGCCCAUAAGAUCAUGCAGAAGUACGGCUUCCGGGAGGGCCAGGGCCUGGGGAAGCACGAGCAGGGCCUGAGCACGGCGCUGUCAGUGGAGAAGACCAGCAAGAGGGGGGGCAAGAUCGUCAUCGGGGACGCCGCCGAGAAACCGGGGUCCAGCCAGGCAGCGGCGGUCGAGGUCGGAGUUCCUCCAGCAGACCCGGGCAAGAAGAGCGACCCCAACCCCCUGACGGAGAUCCUGAAGUGUCCGACCAAGGUGGUGAUCCUGAGGAACAUGGUGGGUCGGGGGGAGGUGGACGAGGACCUGGAGGGGGAGACCAAGGAGGAGUGUGAGAAAUACGGGAAGGUCAUCAGGUGUGUCAUCUUUGAGAUUCCCGUGGUAACAGACGACGAGGCGGUCCGGAUAUUCCUGGAGUUCGAGAGAGUAGAGUCGGCCAUCAAAGCGGUGGUGGAUCUGAACGGCCGGUACUUUGGGGGCCGCGUGGUGAAGGCCUGCUUCUACAACCAGGACAAGUUCAGGGUCCUGAACCUGGGGGAGGUGGUGUGAGGAGACCCCCCCCCCGUGGAGAGAGAGAAAGAGAGACACACACACACACACACACACACACACACACACACACACACACACACACACACACACACACACACACACACACACACACACACACACACACACACACACACAGCCCUUUGUAAAUAACCAAGAUGAUCUCUUUUUUUUUUUUUUAUAUGAACUGGCCAGCAAACUGUGUAUUAAAUGUUACUCCCGUAAA